GCAGCGACAGGAGGUUUCCUGUCUGUAUUGCAGGUAGCACGGAGCCAGCCGGGGCCGCACGGGGCACUUCUCGUUCCAGCCCGAGCUGAUGUGGUGCUAAGGAUUAUUUUCCUCCCCUUUGAAGCCAACAGAACUGGACGUCUGUGGGCGAAGACCGGCCUCAGCUGUGCAGAGAGCCUCGGGAGACCUCCUCAGCCAAAGGUGUAUUCAGAUGGAGCCUAGAAGUCGACUUAAAAAACACAAGAACAAAUGCUUUAACUUGCUUUUGUUAGGGUACGUGGCUCUAAUGGGCAUCUCUGUCCUGCUGGGGUUUUCCAGCCUGCUCCGGGCAGGUAGUUAUCAGCUGGCGGAUCAUCUGAGCGACAACCGCGAGGACCGGUUUCCAGCCACGGGGGAGCUGCAAGCAGAGGGGGGCUCCCUGCCGGCCAGCCAGGGCCAACGGGUUUGGAAAGCGGCCGGGGAGCAGGGCGGCCACCUCCCGUUGUUGCUCCGCAGGAAAAGAGGAGCCAGCGCGAAGCCGUCCAGUCCAACCGCCAAGGCCACGGCCUCCACCGCGCCCCCCCAAAUUGCUGCUUCUACUACGGCAGAGAGCUCCUCUACUGAAGCAGACAUCACGGCUCCUGAACUACUAACGUGUCUCGAUUCUCCCGACUGUGACAACGCCACCAAGGCGCCCUCUGUUACUGGACCCCAAAACGUCUCCGUAGGAAGUACCAGCGUGGCACCCACCAGCCCCGUCAUUACCUUGACGGCAGCCCCCGCGCUCCAGACCUCCCCCCACGGCCCCGAGGAAGCAGAGACCACGCUUUCUGCCGGCACGGAGAGUGAGGCGAACGGCUCUGCUGCCACGCUGGUGGAAAGGAAGGGGCAGAAGCAAAUGCCACCUGGCCCUCAGACAAGCACCUCGACCACCUCCACGGAGGCUCCCAUGGAUGACGCAGACACUACUGAGCCCCCGGACCUCACGACAGAACAACCUGGUUCUGCUCUUCCCACCAGCAAGGCAGGGGGACACGAAGCAGAGACCACGCUUUCUGCCAGCACGGAGAGCGAGGCGAACGACUCUGCUGCCGUGCUGGCGGACAAGAAGAGCAAGGAGACCUCUACUUCGCCGCCUGACUCUCCGGCAGACGUCUCCACGGAGGCUCCCGUGGACGACGCAGACACUACCGAACCACCGGACCUCACGACAGAGGGCAAGCCUAGCUCUUUCCACCCCACCUUCAGGGCAGGGGGGUUUGGCACUACGCAAACCGCCUUGGAGAAGUCGCACAGUCCUACGGAGGAUCUGAUGGGAAAAUGCCUGUUGGGCAUCCUCAUCCUGGCCCUCGUCGCCGCCACCUUCAUCAUCUGCACUGCCGUCCUGGCCACCAUGCUGUUACGCCAGAAGCGCGCCUACCGGAGGCUCCGGCACAGCAACACCGAGAUGGUGUGCAUCUCGUCCCUGCUGCCCGACAGCGAGCAGGGGGCCAACGGAGGGAGACCCAUCCCCGCACGGAGGAUGAAGAGGCUCCAAGACAACUGCUCGGAGAUGGAAGGAGACAACCUGACACUGAGCAGCUUCUUGCCGGACCAUUAGGGACUCAGCCGCCGGCUCAAGGGGUCCCGGACGCUCGCCGCCAGGACUUGCCUGGAGUCCCUGGCAAUGCUUUCUUUGGAGCAGCGUGCUGGCUGGCCACCUACUCACCAACCUAAAUGUCUUAAGGUUGCCCCAUCCGCCUGUGAGUAUGGAGGGCACCACCUCUAGCCAGGAUAGGACCCAGUUUGGCGAAGAACCGAGCGUGCUCUGCUUGGCACCCUGCAAGAUCGAAGCCUUCAGCAAUAAGUGUGUGCUAGAGACCAAAGGAGUAUGAGGAUGGCAGAUCUCCCUCUGGCCUUCGCCUAAAGCCGGGGUGGGGGGAUUCGGAGCCUCUUGCCCUGCAGGUGCAUCUUUGCCGCCAUGGCUCGUCCAUGCAAAGAGCAGACCCUCCGCUGGUUUCAAUUAGCGCAGCUCGUUGCACUCGUUUCCGCCAGCCGGCAAUCUGGCUCAGACUCUGGGCACUGCUUUAAUUUAUACUAGUGGACAGAGGAGAGGGGACUGUUUUUGCACGGAAGGCAUCUGAGUUUCAUGCUCCUUUCCUGCAAUGAAUGCCAUUAAACUCCACUCUC